AUGGCUAAAGAACUGAAUCGUAUUAACACAUUUUCGGAUACGAAUCGUGAUGUCAAUCGCCAUUUUGGUGAGCAAAUUAUCAUUUUUUCAGCAUAUAAUGAAUAUGAUGCAGUAAAUGGAAAUGAUUUGUACGAUAUCGAAUUAGCGGAAGAAAAUUCAAACUUAAGACAAAAUAAUUUUAAAGAUCUAAAUGAUAACUUAAUGGUAGUGGCACAAAGAAAGGGACAAAAUGAAUACGUUGAAUUCAUCGAGCCAAAAGUAUCAAAUCGAGUAAAAUUCAUUGAAACAAUCAAAAGAGGAGAGGUAAACGAUGAAGCAAAUGCGCAACCUUACUCGCAACUUCGUUUCAGCAACUUUAUCUUCAUUGGUACAUUCUUCAUAUCAAUUCCAAUAUGCUAA